AUGUCAUCUCUCGGGGAAGAGUACCCUGACAAUACUCUUACAUUUAUGCUUCUUGCUAUAGAACAGGCAAAGGUGGCUAUGGACUGCUUCGAAGUUCCUGUUGGCUGUGUGAUUGUUGAAGAUGGCAAGGUCAUAGCAUCUGGAAGAAAUCGAACAACUGAGACACGAAAUGCUACAAGGCAUGCAGAGAUGGAAGCCAUUGAUACCCUUCUUGAGCAGUGGAGAGAAAAGAGGCUUUCACAGUCAGAAGUUGCCAAAACUUUUUCAAAAUGUAAACUUUAUGUUACAUGUGAACCAUGUAUAAUGUGUGCAGCGGCUUUAUCAUUCAUUGGAAUAAAGGAAGUAUUUUAUGGCUGUGGCAAUGAUAAAUUUGGCGGGUGUGGAUCAAUAUUGUCAUUGCACUCAAGUAGCUCUGAGCCACUCAUUGGUGGUGGAGCUCCAAGAGGUAAAGGAUUCAAAUGCAAUGGAGGGAUAAUGGCAUCAGAAGCAGUCUCUCUUUUUCGUAGUUUUUACGAGCAGGGAAAUCCUAAUGCUCCAAAGCCUCAUAGGCCUCUUGCUCAACAGGCAACACAAUGA